AUGGAAACAAACGCUCUCAAGCAAACCGCUAAAGAAGUAAAUGUACAAGUGGAGGCUUUCGAGAAAUUUGUAAGGAUUUUUGAACAAAAUGGGCAAACACAAGAGGAAUAUUCCGCUAAUUUGCUUUCUGAAGUGAAAGAAAGUUGCGAAGCAUUCGGCAUCAGAAUGGAUGUCAACAAAACUCCAGUAGACUAUCGAUCUUUUUUCAUGAAUACUCUGAUGGUCAAAUAUGCCAAGAUUCUCGAGGGAAAAGCGAAUAAGUCAAACAAUGAUGAAGAUCAGCAAACUCUCUACCAAGAAAUUGAUGAAAGCGAAUGCACUGCUGAGGAGAAAUUGAAACGGAAAGUUCUUUACUGGGAAGAUGUGAGUGAGCACAACCUCCAACAACUCCAAAUUAACUAUGAAUGGGCCGAUCAGUUGUUUUUGAACAAAAUAACGCAAGAACUAGAUCAAACCUGCAUGCUGACUGAAAAAAUACUCCGUUCAACUCUUGAAAGCUCUAAAAUUCACAGAGAGCUUUUUCUCGCUUCACUUUUGGACCAUGAUCGGGAUAGUAGAUUGAUUGAAAAACUAGACGAAAUACUGUGGAAUCAAUGGCAAGAAUUUUUCAUGAAAUUUGCGGGAUCCUUCACUGUCAGCCGAAAUAAAUCAUUCUAUGAAAGAAUGAUAAAGACAUUGUGUUUGGAGGUUUCAACCACGGCAGAAGCCGACUUUCUGGAAUCUCUGAGAACCGAGUCUCUGCCUGAAAUUUGUGCCAAACCCGCGAUUGCCGAUGACUCAAGGAAUCCGAUUAGCAAACCUCAGUUUUCGUCAUCUCAAAAUCUGAGUUAUUCUUGCGAAACUAAUUUGGAGCCAUCAACGAUGAAUAACGCUUCUGCGGAGUUGAGUCAGAAAGUUACGAACAUGGUAACGGAUCGAUUGUCCUACUUAAAAGAAUUUAACUUGCCAAAAAUCUUGGAUAAAUAUCGAGUGAUUCAUAGAGACAAAUUGGAGAACCACUUUAUCCGAUUUGAUAAAGUCCCAGAUUCUCACGUUCUGGAAGGAAUAAAACUUGAAACGGAGGAUGAAUUGAAGGCUGAAUUGAGAUCACUUCAGUUUAAAAUAGACGAAGAAACGAUUGUUUUACAAAGAUUUGAAGAAAUCUUGCAGACAUCGGCUAGAACUUUUCUUCAGCAUAAGCAAACGAUCUUGGAUCAGAGAAGCAACUUUGAAAAUCUGAAGAGACAACAAGUGGAAGUGCUUGAUAAUGGUGGUGAAGAAUCUUGGUCAUUUGAUGCAGAUGAUCAAGAGACAAAGCAAUUAGAAAAUGGCGAUUCGAAAUCGAUGAUUGAAAAAGAAUUGGUUCACCAAGAAGCAGCUUUCAGAGGAUUUCUAGCGCGGAGUUCCUGCUUUGACCGGGACGUAUUAAUGGAAGAGAAAUCACGAUCAAUUUUGGUUUUUGCCGAAUACCUCCAGUCACAAGAGCUUGUGAAUGGGCAGCGAGAGUUCUACGCAAAAAUUUUAGAUGCAAAGAUUGAGGCAUUGAUUGCUCAACAUUUGGCCAGAAAUACUUCAACAUCUCCUGUUCUAUCAAAUCAACAAGAAACUCGGCCACGCGUGAGAGAGUCAAGCAUCUGGAAGAGGAUUUGGGAUUUAGCUUGGAUGCGUCUGCGGCCGAUGUUCUCCGAGAAAAUCACAAUCGAU